AUGGACACCAGCAACCGACGCAGCUUCACCGGCGCAGCUGCAGUGUUUUUUGCUGCGUUAUGUGCAGGAGCUUCUACCGCCUCCGCAGAGCGCCCGAACGUGCUUCCUCCGGUGCCACCAAAGCCUAGCAAGAACAAGUUCAUCUACGACUUGCAGGUUCAGUCCUGGAAAGCAGAGCCUUACGAUAGAAUGAGGCUUUAUCUGCAGGCGGUGACGCAACGCUUCGUCCAGGAACUCGAAGCAAGCGCCUUCGGUGGCAAGUACUUCAUCCACUGGACUGCGGAGCCAGACUCGGAGGAGUUCUUCAAGUUCGAUGUAGUUGACCGAGACAACUACAACGAGGCAGCCAGAUCGGGACAGAUUUUGAUCGAUAGUGACAUCAGUGAGCCUGAAGAGGGCAUCGAGGUGUACGUGUACAAGAAUGCCGAGGCAAGGGCGGAGUUGGGAAAGACGAUCCUGAUUCAGGACCUGGUCAUCGUGCCGAAGGAGCUGCAGGAUGCGAUCCGCGUGCCGGUCUCAGAAUGGCAGGAAGACGAAGCGAGACAGAAUCAAUGGAACACUCAGACAAAAGAUAGGUUGAUACUCGACAAGCACAGAUCUUCCACUUGGUACACAUCAGGCGCAGCUCGAGGUCAUGACUUCGAAUUGGUUGCUGGAUCAGCCAGUGAUGAUGCCAUCUCUGUUUCCCCCACUGCCUUGCCCGCUUUGUUUCGCCUCCGUUUGUAUCGCUUGCCGUCCCUCCAGCCUAGGUGCUUCGACAUGGAGACUUUGUUCGCGCCAACGCUCCAGAAAUGGUGCUCGCCUUUGCGUGAGCCAGUGGUUGGCGACAUCGUGUAUUUGAAGAGUGGCGACUGUGCGCCUUGGGAUCUACGAGUUUUAAAGACUCUGGAGGACACCCGGAUCGACACAUCAACAGGUGUUGGCUCAGAGGUCCGAGACUGUACCGAGUGCUGCACAUCAGCCGAUCCCUUGUCCUCUGACAAUAUAGUUAUCAAGGGGAGCUGGAUCCUUCAAGGAUCGCUUCUGGCCGUGGUGAUUCGAACUUCGAUGGAUCCGCUUGCCCCUCAUCUUUGUGCGAACGACUCUGAUCAGGAUGUCGAGUUUGCCAUUGAUGUGACGAUACCGAGCGGACUAACCGCGGCUUCUUGCCAAACGAGUUUCUCAAAUUUAUGGACGAAGGCUAACUGCAUUUGCCGUUCCUUCGAAAUCAUGGCCCAGCUUUCUGCUGUCGAUGCCGUCAUCAUAUUUUUGACAGAGGACCUUCGCAAAGAUGCAUCGGCCCUCCAGGAUACAGUCCGGGAUCUACACGGACUUGGCAAGGCAGUAUUCUUGCUCGUGAAAGAUCAGGGGAUCGCAUCCCGACUGGCAGAAGACUUGAAGUUGAAACAGAUCUCUUUUGAGAAAGGCAAGCAGACUCCCAGCACCUGUGUCUCGAGUAUCGGUUCCCUCGACGUGAGCUUCGAAGGUGAUGUGACGGGCACUUGCUCCGGUACACCAACACCGAGGCGGGGACAGGAGGAGGAACGUAUUGAGGAUUUGAUGAACAGCUGCAAAGCUGCCGUUCCGGGCGCUGUUGUCCAUGGCAUGUCGGAGGCAGCACUGGUGCAGUUCUGCCUCGUGAUGCAGGAAGCUGGUUUAAGUCCGAUGUAUGUGGCCAGCCAACUGCAAUCUCAGUUUCUGCGGGCCCUUUCGGAUCCUACCUUUCGUUCGCAGGCGCCCUCUGUUUCUUCAGGAACACAGGUGCAGCACUUCCCCUCCAGGGCCAGCAGAGCCAGCCAAGAAGCCGCAUCACCACGAAGAACCAAGGCGGUCGUCAAGACGCGGACUGAAGCUGUCGACCACGGAGAAGCUCACAACCUGACUGAUGUGAUCAAAAGCAUGGGCUUCGCGGAACUAAACCAGGUUGGUGAGAAAAACGCGCCAAAAAGAGCGUCUUCCCUCACAAUUGUUUCGCUGAACGCCACAGGCGUUCUGGCAGACCGCUGCAGCUGUGCCUGUCUGCGGUCUGACCUGCGAUGUGUGGGGCAUGCAUUGCAGUUGGCCCCCAGAUCAGUACCCAAGACCUGA